AUGCAGUCUCUCGCCGUUCUCUUCCUUGCCCUUGCGGGAACCAGCAUUGCGGCUCCUGCCCAGGACCAAUCUGUUGGCCAACACGUCCCCGAGGUUCAGGGCCAGGACGCUCCGGUGGUGGAACUUCCCGGCUUCAAUCAUCUCGCCCGGAACGCUACGCAGGAUGCUGUCGAGGUCCCCGCUGGUGCUGCUUUUGACGGCACGUGUGAGCAGAUUACGCUUGGGGGACACGGAAAGGUCGGUAUGACGACUCUUGAUGGCCUUUGCAGGAACAGUGCUGGCGAUUGGUGGAAGACGAGCCUGAACUUGAACGAGUGUAUCGGAAAUGUUGGGGGUAAAUUGGUGUACCAAGCAGGUGGUGGAUUUGAUGCUACUUGCAGGCCUUGCACGAUUGACAACAUCCACGGGGGAGAUAACAUGAACCUCAAGUGUAACUGUCUUGAUGACAGCCGGAUGCCAAGGUUCACUGCCUUGGAGAUUGGAUCUCGUGUUGGAAACCCCUUGGCUGUCAAGCUGGUUGACGGACGCUUCGUUUGCGGCGACAACGCUGGUAGCCUGGGCCCGGCCUUUGUCUAG